UGUCCCUGCAUCCAGACACGGGAGCUGCCCCUGGUACCCUGACUGAGAGAGAACCUGCCAGACUGCCCGGGCUGUCACUGGCGAAAAUGGCGCUCCGUUAAUGGGCUGAGGCUAGUCCAGGGAUGUGUGACCUAGUGCAGAGGCUGCUGGUAACAGCACAGACAUGAGUAACCGUAACGUGACAUCGCCUCUGUAUUUUGGAGUCACUGUGGCGGCUGAUUCCAGCACAUCCACAAACAACAGCACCAAAGGUUUAGACUCCAGUGGGGCUCCCACCAUGGGCACCUGGCUGCUGUCCCUUGGCAUUGCCACUGUGUUCGGACUGAUUUUGGCAAUGGUUCUUUACAUCAGAAAACGAAAAAGGCUGGAAAAGCUCCGCCAUCAAUUGAUGCCAAUGUAUAAUUUUGACCCAGCUGAAGAACAGGAAGAUCUUGAACAAGAACUGCUGGAGCCAAAUAGGGACCAACAGCCACAGGGCAAGGUCCUACUCACCAGUCUGUGCCCCCUACAGAGGCCCACCCGCCUGGUUUUUACAGACGUUGCCAACUCUAUCAGCGCCUAAAAGAGGAUUCACUAUUGAACAGUGAGACAUUCAGAACCUGGGUAUCAGUGUCACUGUGACUCACCAUGCCAAAAAGAGGAUUCACUAUUAAACAGUGUGACAUACACAGAGCCUGGGUAUCAGUGUCACUGUGACUCACCAUGCUGCUUUGUGUCACUGUGCCCUGGACGAUUUCCAUGGAAGGAGGAGCCUCGGCAGACCCUGACAUACAGCAAUCUCAUGCUGCCACUGCUCAGGGGCCAGUAAUAUUCUGAGCCUGUACAAUGGACUCUGCACCAUCACCUGUGUCACUCUCCAUACAAUUCCAUUCAGAACCUUAGCAUAUUUACACACUUCCUAAAUCCAUUCCAUUGACCCACCCAUUGAUUUACUGAGUAAUUUAUCGGGUCUUCUGGUUAUACAGUGUAUUGCACUGAAACCCAAAUACAUGCUAGUCUAUGACAAUGUACAGUACUAUACAAGGAUACACUGCUUUUACUGAACAUCGAAAUACACUGUAAACACUCAGCCAGUACUGGUUUUAGUGUAGUAAACACAAGCCAAACUGCUCAAGCACUGAUUUAAAAUACAUUCCUAAGGCAUGGGCUGCUCAGCCUGCAAUAUAAGGCUGAAGAUAAAGGCACUUACCAUUUAAAUCCUUUUUGUAGCUGGUGCACACAUAGGGUCUCCUGCUCCCUUGUCCCUGAGUCAGCAUCAAAUAUAAGGAAUCUUGACACUAGGCUUCAGUAUAGUUUAUUCAAGGUUCCAGCAAAGACAGCUGCCAACUCCAACAACCAGGUGUGUUUGUCCUUCUAAGAUAAGGCUGGAAGGCAUUAUGGGAAAUAUAGUUAAGAAAAAUCUGAGUUCCAAGGUUGUUAAUCACUCUUUAUGCCAUGGCACUUAUCACUAAGUCAUGCAGUACACUGUAGAUACACCACUGCUUGACCCAUAACAUCCUUUCGUUCACAGUGUGCUUUGUAAAGUCACUGACUCCCAGCUAUCUGAAUUGAGAUGGCAUUGCUUGUCUACACAGACACCGGUGUGUUAACACUUAUACACCUUGUAGACACUGCUCGGCAUGUGUGCUAACAUUCUGCACUAAUACGCAGCACUGUAUAUGGCUGUAUAUGCGACUGCUCAAGACUGCAAAGCUCUGCAGUGGAAUGAAUGUACCCCACAAUACUUUAAAAAUGGCAACGAUAUAAUUAACUGUGCCCUCAAAUGACACCAAUAUACUUAAAACUGAAAUUAAUGUCACGAUUAGCUGUACGGUGUGCUUACAUGGUGCAAUACAACCUACAUUGUACCAGUAUGUAUCACACCACUCCUACAUUAACAAACUACCCCCAAUGCAUUGCCAUUCUAUGUUGCUGUUCAUUUACUCCCUUUUCUCUGCAGUCUUCUGUGCAAUUCACACAGGGCUCGGAAUGUGUGGACUGUUUAUACAUCAACAUGCAACCGUUUGGCAGCAAAAACAGGGUUAUUGUGCAUGCAUCAUGGGGACCUCACCUGAUUUUUGGUAUUUACACUCCGAUCCAACCCACUUAGACAAGUCCACUUAAGAACUUCAGCUUGCUAAAUGUGCUUCUGUGUCUGCAAGCACAGUCCUAUUUGUGACACUUUAUAAAAGUGCCAAUUUCAAUAGUAAUCCGCACUUCUAUAAAACUUUGCAAAAACGUCGGAUUGGCAGCUGGGGAGGUUUUUCCCCGCUUCCGUUAGGUGGGCAGAGCUAAAGGAAGCGGUUGGCACACAGGGCUACCAUGCACCUGUUUUCCCUCCUCAUUGAGAAGUAUAGGAAGCUGUGAUUGCCUGUUCCCUCGCUGGUCCAGCACAGAAGUUUUUUUAAAAGGAAGUCUCUGGCGUGUUCCCUGGCACAACCUAAACAGGUCUGCAGCUUUAGCAAGUUGUUUUUUUCAUAUGCCCCCAAACAAAACAUGCAGAUAAUAAUAUUUAAAAUUAAUUAUGGGGCAAAUAGCCUUUUCCUGCUGGCUCAGCAGUGUAAACAUUGAGGUUUCUGUGAAAAUGCAGUAUUUAAACUGCUUUCUAAUGUCACUUCUAGUGGCUGUCACACGGACAGCCACUUGUAGGACUUGGUUCAGUGCUGCAAAGAUUGCAGGUCCAGCUUUCAGCGACUCCACACUAUGUAAUGUAUGAAUAAAUACUCCCCAUGCAGAUAUUUUAAUGGAUUGGACCUAUGACGCAUCAAACCAUUUUAUUUACGGUCCCACAUACUGUCUACCAGCAUUAAAUGCCAAGAAUCUGAGUGUGGCUUGGAGAGGCUCCAGCUAGGUACUUAAGUGCAAUUUAACCCUUAUUUUGCUGCAGGGUUGCAUUGCUCACUCCUUCAGCAUGAAGGAAAUUAAUUAUUGAAUACAUGGCAGAGAUUGUGCCCAAGAGAAGCAAGGGGCUAUAAAAGGUUUGCACUGGCAGUGCCAUGCUGCAUUAAUUAUUGGGAGGCUAAAGAUUUGAUAUGUAUAUAUUUGUUUGAUUUCUCCUGUGCUUCAUUAAAUUCCUCAAACC